AUGGGGGGCAAGACAGCUAGCAAGUCCGUCUACUUCGACAAGCUCAAGUCCCUCCUCGAGGAGUACAACAGCAUCUUCAUCGUCACCGUCGACAAUGUCUCGUCUCAGCAGAUGCACGAGAUCCGCGCGAGCAUGCGCGGCCAGGGUGUCGUCUUGAUGGGCAAGAACACCAUGGUCCGCCGUGCGAUCAAGAUCUUCAUCAGCGACAACCCGGAGUACGAACGCCUCCUUCCCCACGUCAAGGGCAAUGUCGGCUUCGUCUUCACCAACGGCGACCUCAAACAGACGCGUGAGAAGAUUUUGAGCAACCGCGUGGCUGCGCCGGCUCGUGCUGGUGCCGUUGCGCCCGAUGAUGUCUUCAUCCCCGCUGGAAACACCGGCAUGGAACCCGGCAAGACCUCUUUCUUCCAGGCUCUCGGUGUUCCGACCAAGAUUGCGCGUGGUACCAUUGAAAUCACCUCCGACCUCAAGCUCGUCCAGGCCGGUCACAAGGUCGGUGCCUCCGAAGCCACCCUCCUGAACAUGCUCAACAUCUCCCCCUUCACGUACGGCAUGGGUAUCUCCCAGAUCUACGACCAAGGGCAGACGUUCGAGUCCAGCGUCUUGGACAUUGAAGAGUCUCAGCUCCUCAAGGCCUUCACCAGCGCCAUCACGACCAUCGCCACCAUCUCCCUCUCCCUCAACUUCCCCACGCUGCCCAGUGUCAUGCACAGCUUGGUGAACAGCUACAAGAACCUCAUCUCGGUUGCGCUGGAGACGGAGUUUGAGUGGGACGCGAUCCACGAGCUCAAGGACCGUGUCAGGAACCCUGACGCCUAUGCUUCCGCCGCGCCCGCCGCCGCCGCCGGUGGAGCCAGCGAGGCCGCCGCCGCCGCACCUGCCGAGGAGGCGAAGGAGGAGGAGGCUGAGGAGAGCGAGGAGGACAUGGGCUUCGGUCUGUUUGACUAA